AAAAAAUUAUAUAAUACAAGGUGGAGACUGUUGAAGGAAAAAAAAAAAAACACUUUUUUUUUUUUGAACAAUCGCGCCACAAGUCCGCCAAAAAGGAAAACGUAUCGUUGCAUGGCUCGCUGGUGUCUGCGUUACCUCAUUUGCCAAAAAAGACGAGACACCUCCAGACCUCCGCUAUAGUAAUAAUAAAUAGAUGUGAUAACUUCAAGUGUUGGACGACCCCGUCUUCAGCCUACACUUUAUUCGACAGUGACUUGAGAUUCCUGCGAAGCAAUUGGGCUUCAACUCCCGACCGAGGAGGCGGAGUCUUAACUUAUUAAAAGGAACUUGCCGAGGCUUGGACGGCCGCAAAUAUGAUGAUGAUGUCUCUGAACAGCAAGCAGCAUUUCGCCAUGGCGCACAGCAGCUUGCCCGAACCGAAGUAUUCGUUGCAUUCCUCCUCAUCCUCCACUUUGACUUCCAAUGCACCCUCAUCCUGCUCGUCCUCCCGACACAGCAACACCAUCAUCAGCAGCAGCGGCAGCAGCAGCUCGGAGGCGAUGCGCAGAGCUUGUCUCCCAACCCCACCGAGCAAUAUAUUCGGAGGCUUGGAUGAGAGUUUGUUGGCCCGGGCUGAAGCUCUAGCGGCGGUGGAUAUAGUCUCGCAGACCAAGAGCCACCACCACCCUCCACAUCACAGUCCCUUCAAGCCGGACGCAACCUACCACACCAUGAACACUCUCCCCUGCACCUCGUCUUCCUCCUCCUCCUCCUCGGUGCCUAUUUCUCAUCCGUCCGCCUUGGCUGGCCACCACCAUCACCACCACCAUCACCACCACCACCAGCCUCACCAGGCACUGGAGGGGGACCUGCUGGACCACAUCACCCCGGGACUGGCACUAGGAGCCAUGGCAGGGCCGGAUGGCUCGGUGGUUUCCACGCCUGCGCAUCCUGCCCACAUGGCGGGCAUGAACCACAUGCACCAGGCAGCCAUCAACAUGGCUCAUGCCCACGGGCUACCACCACACAUGGGCAUGAGCGACGUGGACGCCGAUCCAAGGGACUUGGAAGCCUUCGCAGAGAGGUUUAAGCAAAGACGGAUCAAACUCGGGGUUACCCAGGCGGAUGUAGGGUCAGCUUUAGCCAGCCUGAAGAUUCCUGGGGUGGGCUCCCUCAGCCAAAGCACCAUCUGCCGAUUCGAGUCCCUCACGCUCUCUCACAACAACAUGAUUGCUUUGAAGCCCAUCCUGCAAGCGUGGCUAGAAGAAGCCGAGAAAUCACACAGGGAGAAACUUAAUAAACCCGAGUUGUUCAACGGCGCGGAGAAAAAGAGGAAGCGCACGUCGAUAGCCGCACCAGAGAAGAGAUCACUGGAGGCCUAUUUUGCCAUUCAGCCUCGUCCAUCCUCGGAGAAAAUCGCAGCAAUCGCAGAGAAGCUGGACCUCAAAAAGAACGUGGUGCGGGUCUGGUUUUGCAACCAGCGACAGAAACAGAAACGAAUGAAAUACUCUGCAUGCGUCUAAAAACAAAAACAAAAACAACAAAAAAAACAAAAAUCGCUUUAAACCACCACCCACGAAAAGACUUGGAACUGUUUAGAGACGAUUUGUAUCAUAUUUCCUAUCUCACACCUUUUUUUCCAAUCAUCGAUGACUUUGUGCUUUGAACUUCGAAAAAAUUCCUUGAAAAAUUGAAACAAACCACUGACUGAAAAAAAACAAAAACAAACUCGAAAGACACCCCCACAGUCACGUCUUUUAACUCGCUGAGAGGGGAGAGAUGUGGAGUCAAGUAAAGCAUCGUUUGACAGAGCAAGUAAGAACACUGUUUCCACACUUACUAUGCUUCACCUUUUUAAUGUCAACGCAGUCUGACUUACAGGACUUUAAUUUUUACUUAGGAUUAAUUUCAAAUGAGGACUAGAGUUUGCAUUGGCAGAAAUACUCUCCAUACCCACCCCACACCCACCCACCCUACCCCCUAAAAUGAAAAAUAGCGUUGUUAUUUACACACAGCGGGGCUAGUUUAACUCAAAGCACUUGGUUGGUGACUAUUUAUAUAUUUUUGGCUUAUAGGAUAAGCUACUUUUUUUUUCUUCCCCUCCGAGUUCAUGACGAUGCAGUCUGACAUGUAUUCAGGGAGGGGGAUUAUUAUAAGAGGACAACACACGACUUGGUCUUGAAAGCUAAUAUUAGAUUACUGCCAAAUAACCCUUCUGUAAAUUAAUAACUGUCACACACUUCAUUUUGUGUCUAAAUGUGUAAUUAAUUCCACUUAUUUUGUUACCAUGUGUGAUCAAAAAGUCAGGGAUCUAUUUUCAAGAUACCCCGCGGGUUUUGGACUAUAAAAGGUAGGGUUUGUUUUUUUUAUUAUCAGGCCUCAGUAUGUGGAGAAAUCGAAAUAGUGAUUCACUUGUAAGGAUUUCACAGAUUUUCGCAAUUCAGAAAAAAAAAAGAUUAUUAUUAUUUUUUUUGCCGGCUGCAAUAAGUUUACAAUCCAGCGUGGGCCGGCAUCUUAUGAACUAUUUAUUUAGUGAGGUCAUGUUUACUUCAUUAUAUAUUUAUUGGGAUUCCCCCCUUCCUCCUUUUUGCUUGAGAAAAAUCAAAUUAUGACAGCUAAGUAAAGCGUGUUGUUCUGGUUUUAAAAAGGGAAACGACUGUGAAACAUACAGUCACAAAAUUUUAAUAACAUUUGAGAUGGUACAAUCGAGAUAUAUAUGAGAUAGUAUUCUCUUUUUUAAAAUUAUUUUAUGUAUGUUUCCUGCUAUUUAUUUGUAUAAAUAUACGCGCAUCAUUAUGAAGUCGUUGCUUGUUAAAAAAAAAAAUCACCUUGUUUAAGUAAUGUUUUUUCUUGAAGAGAAAAGAAAACAGCUUCAUUGAAGUAUACGUGUACAAUGUAAAUAUUUCAUUGGAACCAGUCGAUGCACAUAAAUAUAUCCGUACAGGUUUUUGCUGUAUUGCUGUUUUAGCUGAGGUAACUUAUUUCUGUAAUGUAUG